UUAAAAUGACACUGUAAAAAUCAGCAGCAAUACCAGCUGCAUAAAAAGAAAAGCCAGCACAGGUCACCCACACCAGAACAUCCUGAAGAUCAGAGGCACAGCUGUCACUAUGAAGACACUUGGCCUUUUCGUACUCCUCACGCUUUUCUGUAUGGCCACAGGCAUGGUCGCCCAGGGGAUCAUGUUUAAGACUGGGUGUUGUUCAAAGAGUGUACGCGUGCUAAUCCCUAAAGAAAGAGUGAAACACGUGGCGACGACGUCAGAUCAUUGCCACCGUAAAGCUAUUGUAGUCACAACGGUGUGUGACAAAAGAUUUUGCCUCGAAGGCAGAUGGGAUUGGGCAGAAGAACUGCUGAGACACUUUGAGACGGUUUCUGCUAACAAGACAUCUGUACCUGCCCCUUUCAAUCAGACCAGCUGUGAAAAGUAUAUUCAACUGACAUGAGGAGAAAGUUCCUUUAUCUAUUUUACUAUAGAUCUGUUCCUUUUACAUUUGUCUUUUUUUUAGAUAGCUUUUUUUGUUCGAUAGUGAUACCACAAAUGUAAGUGAUAUUGAAAAAAGAUUCAUCCAUCCAUCCAUCCAUCCAUCCAUCCAUCCAUCCAUCCAUCCAUCUUCUUCCACUUCCAUUUUCUGAACUGCUCGCUUCUUGAAUGUAUUUUUAUUCAUUUCAAUUUUAAAGUCCCUAUGUUGCAAAUGACAUGUUUGACAUGACAAUAAAUAUUUUUUAUUA